UAGGCAUGGUUUGUUAAGGUUACUGAGAUGCUGGUGUAGUUAUUCUCAGUUAUUUUAAACUCUGAUGAUGGUGUUUUUACCUGAAAUUAGAUUUAAGAGGUUUUAGUCUUGCUUCUGGUUGUUUACUGUUUCCAUUUUUGUCUUAAGCAGACAAUAACUUAAAUGUCUGAGGAACAACAACUCAACUUCCGUCAACAUUCUUGUAUCUUACUGAGAAUCCGAUAUAGCCUUUAGUUUAGGAGAGAAAAUGUCAAUAAAGUGUUGUAAAUAUGUAGAUAUACUUCUCCCUCACUCUGAGAUGUGUUACGGCAUAGUGGCAGCAUUGAUGGCUUGAACUAGUGGAACACUGGUCACCUACGAUUUCAGUUCAGCCGAGUCGGGCGGGCUGCUUAUUAGACAUGUUGCCUAUGCAUUUGUUCAUGCACUCCACUGCUUCCUCCAAAUGGCCUUCAAAGACCCUGAAGCAAAAUAAAUGUUGUCACCACAUUUAUUAACCCUAAACGUUCUAACAUGUUUUAUAUGUCUACAGACCAAACCUACUGUGUGACAACGUAGCUUUUAAGCGUUCUUAAAUCACCAGCCCAAAAUGUCAACUUUAUAUCGUCAGGAACAAUUAUGUUGAAGGUGAUAGCGUCUGCUGUAGCUUGGUGUAGCUCAACUGUCCUCCCUAAAUUUCCCGAAUGUAUACUCAGUCAGUCUUGGUACAGUCUAAAGUCCUAGGAGAUACAGCUAAUGAAAUGGCUACCACGGCUAAAUUGCUACCUAAAUCCAGUUAAGCUAACGUGAGGUGGAACAAGCUAUGCUCAGCCCACUUCAGUGUCUGGGUGCUUCGCGCAACAGGUUCUCAAGGACAGCUCGCAGUUUGUUUGGGACACCUGAACUUGCAGCGUUGUAGCAGAUAGUCAUGUCGUCGUAAUUUACUUUUUGUACUGUUACAUUGUUACUACUUCAAGAUUUGCAACGGAAAUACUGUCGUAGGUUUAGCUACUGACAACGUUAGAUGGAGAUGAUUCCCCGUUACACGACCUUGCGUCCACGGAGGACGUGAGAGUUCUGGAUUAUAGCAAGAGCUUUCAUAAAAGACCGAAGAGCAUGACUGAGCAGCAGGAACCGAGCGAGGACGUUGGCCUCCUCACGGCUCCGGACCUGGCCGAGCCCCCUAAGGAAGAGGACACCCAAAACCCCCCACAGUUCAGAUUGCAGCUUAUCGAUGAACUAUCGUACGAGGAUGUGAAGAAAUGCUACCGUGGCUCUACCGUCAGCAAGUACAACUCCCAGUACCACAAGCUCUUUCAGACUGUCCCUAAGGAAGAGAUUCUCAUGAAAGUGUACUCGUGUGCUCUGCUACGAGAUAUCCUCCUCCAGGGCCGCCUUUACAUUUCCAGAAACUGGCUGUGUUUCUACGCCAACCUCUUUGGCAAGGACAUUAAGGUGGCCAUCCCAGUGGUGUCUGUACGACUGGUGAAGAAACAUAAAACAGCAGGCCUGGUCCCCAAUGGACUGGCCAUUACCACAGACACCAGUCAGAAGUAUGUGUUUGUGUCACUCCUGUCCAGAGAUAGUGUUUAUGAUGUAUUGAGGCGGAUUUGCACACAUCUCCAGGUCAAUGGCAAGAAGAGUCUCAGUCUCAAGCAGUUUAUGGAGGAACCCAACUCCUUAUCUCUGGUGAGCCUUGGACUCCUCGCAUGUGUUCCUGUACCUGCACUAUCUGACGAGUUUCCGGCCCCUGAUGAGUUCCCCGUCGUCGCGGUCGAGUUCCCCCCAGUGCUGAAGUGGAGGCGGAAGCCCUCAGCGGCGUCUGUCUCCUCCUCGCUCCCAGACCUGCUGGGGAACUCGGCCGGUAGCCUCAGUGCCGUGGACACGCCCUUCCAAACAGACGAGCCACUGGAGGGUCUACCCUCUGUGGGUGCAGACAGACCUUUCACAGAAAUGGAAAUCGGCCUAGAGACAGAGAAGAUCCUGCUCACAGAACCAGUUCCGGAACUGGGUCAGAUGGAGUACCAGCUGCUGAAGUUUUUCAUCCUACUGUGAGUUGGGUCUAACUCUGGCACUGGGGAGCAGUAAAUCUGCUGACUGGGUCUCUCUCUCCCUCUCCCUCUCUCUCUCUCUCUGUUAAUCUCAUUUUUUCAAUUUUGGCUCCUCUUCUGCAGGCUCCAUCUGCAGAACCUGGCUUUUAAUAUUAAUGUGCUGAACGGUGUGGUAUUAAUGUUUGAACAUUUUCAUCAAUUUAUUAUGGGUUUAAAAAAUCCACCCCUACUCUGUGUUCCUUGUACGAUUGCAGGUAUACGAUUCCUCUGGGAUCUUUGAAUGAUGAAUGAUUUUCUUUCAGUAUUAUUCUCUGCUUCUGUCCUUAAGGGAAUAUACCAUAUAUGAGUAUGUCAUUAUCACAGAGAAUGC